GAGCCGGGAGUGCUACUUGUAGGGUUCUUGUGAAAGUUAACGGCGCUGAUUAAAGUGCAAAGCGCAGUGUCUGGACAGCAUGAGCGCUCAGUAAGAGGUCUCCAUUAUUAUCACUAUCAUGAGCCUAUUAGUUAAAAUUGGGGAUGGAAAAAAACAACGGAAAACCGGAAAGGUCUGCAAAAGGGGCUGGACGCGGGAAUCUCCAAAUGAGGAGGGGGGUGGCGGGGGAGAGCCCACAUCAGCAGCCAAUCCAGCUGUCCCGGGAAGGAAGAGGAGGAGCCAGAGCCGCCCCCGGGCCCUCGCUGCUCAGUCCCGCGCUGAGCUCCGGAACCCGCUCCGCUCCUGCAAUCCCCGCAAGGCUACUGCUUCUUCCUCGCACAGACAUGGCCUUAAGUGCCGCUGCUGCAGCCGUGAAGAUUGGAAUAAUUGGUGGCACAGGCCUGGAUGAUCCAGAAAUCUUAGAAGGAAGAACUGAAAAAUAUGUGGAUACUCCUUUUGGCAAGCCUUCUGAUGCUUUAAUUUUGGGAAAGAUAAAGAAUGUUGACUGUGUCCUCCUUGCAAGGCAUGGGAGGCAACAUACCAUUAUGCCUUCAAAAGUCAACUAUCAGGCAAACAUCUGGGCUCUGAAAGAAGAAGGUUGUACACAUAUCAUAGUGACCACAGCUUGUGGUUCCUUGAAGGAAGAGAUUCAGCCCGGUGAUUUCAUCAUUAUCGAUCAGUUCAUUGACAGGACUACCAAAAGGCCUCAGACCUUCUAUGACGGAAACCAUUCCUGUGCCAGAGGAGUGUGCCAUAUUCCAAUGGCUGAGCCAUUCUGCCCUAAAACGAGAGAGGUCCUCAUAGAAACUGCUAAGAAGCUAGGACUCCGGUGCCACUCAAAAGGGACAAUGAUCACAAUUGAGGGACCUCGUUUUAGCUCCCGGGCAGAAAGCCUCACGUUCCAAACCUGGGGGGCGGAUGUUAUCAACAUGACCACAGUUCCAGAGGUGGUUCUUGCUAAGGAGGCUGGAAUUUGCUAUGCAAGUAUCGCCAUGGCAACAGAUUAUGAUUGCUGGAAGGAGCAUGAGGAAGUGGUUUCAGUGGAUCGGGUUUUAAAGACCCUGAAAGAAAAUGCCAAUAAAGCCAAAAGUUUACUUCUUACUACCAUACCUCAGAUAGGAUCCAUGGAAUGGUCAGAAACCCUCCAUAACCUGAAGAAAAUGGCCCAGUUUUCUGUUUUGUUACCAAGACAUUAAAAACAAGGAGACUUUCUAACUCCAGUCAUUGGGAAAUUCCUGCUUAACUUGUGAGAACAUGGAAAAGACAUGGAGCUUUUGUGCUCUUGCCCCCUAAGGAAGAACAAGUGAUAAGACAAGACUUUGCUCACAUCAGAGAUGCCUUCUAAAAGACCUGGACAGCUUCAAAUAAUAAAAGGAAAGCAAAUGAGCAGUAAAAUGUAGGGAAAAGCUUACACUUUAGAAAAAAGACAAAAAGAUCAUUUCAUCAUUUCCCCAUUAAAUUUGUAACAAUAAAAGAGUAGGCAGUAACAUCCAGUUUCUUUGUUGCCAAGGAAUGUGAAGAAGAAAUAGUUCUUGAGCUAUUUAUUGACAUGACUAUAAAUUGGUAGAAUCUUUUUGGAGGGCAAUUUGGUAAAAUACAUCAAAAGGCUUGAAAAUAUUUAACAUCCUUUGUGCUGGUUACUCCUAGGAAUUUAUCUUUAAGAAAUAUCAGAGAUACAUACAAAUAAUUAUGUAUAAAGAAGGGUGUAUAACAUACUAUAGUAGCAAAUAUUCAAAACAAUCUGAAUAUCCAGCUGGAGGUAAAUUAUCAUUAAGCUCUAAUCAGACUGUGAAGCAGCCAACUGAAGAUCAUGUUUUCACAUAAUAUUUAAUGGACUAAAGAAAUGGUUGAUGUAUAAUAUGAAAUGAAAAAGGGAUAUGUAACCAUUUAACAGUACUAAUUUGUUUUAAAAAUUCUACAUAAAUAUGUACUAAGACUAGAAAGAAAUAUAUAUAUAUAAUCUUUUGUUAUUGUAUUUGGGGGGAUACUAGAUAAUUUUGCAUUUUCUUUAUAUUUUUCCAUGUCUUCACAUAAUUCACAAUGAAUAUAAUCAAAUAAUAAAGUUAUUUUAAAAAUAAAAAUGGAUUUAGAAAGAUCCACUUGUGGAAACAGAGUUUCUGGUAAUGUAGCAAAACUUAAGAUGGUAAUACUAAGAGGUGUUCUGUUUACUAAGAGGUGUUCUGUUUGAGCUUCAUCUUUUUGUUACAAAAAAUGAUCAUGACUAUAUAGUCAGAACAAUACUUGGGUUUGCAACAACUUGAGAAAAGCUAGCUGUUUAAUACAGAUCUAAUCUUAAUUUGUUUAAGAGACUGUAUACACACAUUAUAGUGUGUCAUAUUUUUAAAAUUGAUAUUUGACUUUGUUUCUACUUGUUUUAUGAUUUGAUGAAUUACUUUAAAUGAGUUCAUGGGGUUUUUUUAAAUAAAGAAAAUGUGAGCUUCUUACUGUUUUUUGUCAAGUUUAUAGGAAUGUGUUUUGUUAUCGCAGGGAGAUCAUUUUUUUCCCUCAGGAUUAUUGCCCCUCACUGUUGUCUUAGUCCUUUAGGGAUGUAUCUCUUGUCUGUUUUAAGAGUCUAUAGAAUAAAUAUAUUUCUGUCUUAGAAGCUGUCUUUAAGAUAAUGAGCUGCUAAUUGUAAACAAUAAACCAGUUACCUUUCAGCA